AUGGAGUUUGCCAUGGUGGGCGCGGACGGCUGCAACAGCCACCUGCCUUACGGGUAUGCCCAAGCUCGCGCUCGGGAGAGGGAGCGCGAGAGGGAGCGCCAGGUAGCCCAGUCGAGAGCGGCGGCAGCAGCUGCAGCUGCCGAAGGAGGAGGAGGAGGAGGAGGAGGAGGAGCGGAGGGAGGAGGAGGAGGAGGAGGUGGAAGUAGCGGUGGCUCGAGCGCACAUCUCCUUAACAACCGGCAGCAUCAGUCUCGUGCCGCCUCCUCCUCCACGAGCGCCAACAUCAGCAGCAGCGGUACCGCCUCGCGCCCCUCCUCCUCCUCCUCCUCUUCCUCGCAGCAGCAGCAGGAGCCCGAGCAGCAGCACAGAGUUCUCAGAGAGCGCAAAAAGCAGCGCGGCGUCGGACGCUGGAGACGCAGCCGGACGCAGACGCUCGGCGGAGACUUGCGCCACUCGGAGCUGGCGCUGCUCGGAUCCGAGGAGGACAUCAUGAUAGAGGAGGAAGAGGCCGAAGGAGCCGAGGAGGAAGAGGAGGAGGAGGAGGAUGAAGGCGGCCGGGGGAGCAAGAGGUCGAGUUUUCUGUGCAACAUGGAUGAUGAUGAUGAUGAUGAAGAGACGGUGUCGCUGACUGACAGGCGUCCUCAGUCCGGCUAUGAGAACGUCUACAGUGAGCUGGGCUGCUGUGAGAGAGUCGUCAUCAACGUGUCCGGACUAAAGUUUGAAACUCAGCUCAAAACUCUCACCCAGUUCCCGGACACGCUCCUGGGAGACCCGGACAAGAGAAUCAGGUACUUUGACCCUCUACGGAACGAGUACUUCUUUGACAGGAACAGGCCGAGCUUUGACGCCAUUCUCUACUAUUACCAGUCAGGAGGGCGCUUGAAAAGACCCGUCAACGUCCCCUUUGACAUCUUCUCCGAGGAGGUCAAGUUUUACGAACUGGGCGAGGAGGCGAUCCUGAAGUUCCGCGAGGAUGAGGGCUUUGUGAAGGAGGAGGAGAAGCCUCUGCCGGAGGACGAGUUCAAGCGGCAAAUCUGGCUCCUGUUCGAGUAUCCGGAGAGUUCGAGUCCUGCCCGGGGGAUAGCGGUGGUGUCCGUGCUGGUCAUAGUCAUCUCUAUCGUCAUCUUCUGCCUGGAGACUCUGCCGGAGUUCAGGGAUGAGAAAGAGUACCUCCAGCCACGAGUCAACUCCACUCACCCUGACCACGGAUUUACUCCUUUCAACGACCCCUUCUUCAUCGUGGAGACGGUCUGCAUCAUCUGGUUCUCCUUUGAGAUUAUAGUGCGCUUCUUCGCGAGCCCCAGCAAGACUGCUUUCUUUAAAAACAUUAUGAACUCUAUAGACAUCGUCUCCAUUUUGCCUUAUUUCAUUACUCUCGGCACGGACCUGGCGCAGCACCAAGGCAACGGGCAGCAGGCGAUGAGCUUCGCCAUCCUGAGAAUAAUCCGCCUGGUCAGAGUGUUCCGCAUCUUCAAACUUUCCAGGCACUCCAAGGGGCUGCAGAUCCUGGGUCAUACCCUGCGCGCCAGCAUGAGGGAGCUGGCCCUCCUCAUAUUCUUCCUGGUCAUAGGAGUCAUCCUGUUCUCCAGUGCGGUCUACUUCGCAGAGGCGGACGAGCCAACGUCUCAGUUCACGAGCAUCCCUGAUGCGUUCUGGUGGGCCGUGGUGACCAUGACGACUGUGGGUUAUGGUGACAUGAAGCCCAUCACGGUCGGAGGGAAGAUAGUGGGCUCCCUGUGCGCCAUAGCAGGCGUGUUAACCAUCGCGCUGCCAGUGCCGGUCAUAGUGUCCAACUUUAACUACUUCUACCACAGGGAGACGGAUAACGAGGACCAGACGCCGGUGGUGGAGAGCAUGCCCCCGGGCUGCCCCUACUUCCCGGACUUCUUAAGGAAAUUCAAAGGCUCGCCCUCUGGCUCCUCGCUGGGUGACAAAGCAGAGUACAUGGAGAUGGAGGAGGGGGUGACGGAGUCGCUGUGUGGGCUGGACAAGAGCCCGAGUAAAGGAAACGGGACAGACAUAGGCAGAAGAAACAGUACUAACUCUAAAUCCAUUCAGACUGACGUGUGA